CAAAAAAAAAAAAAAAACUGUUUCGCUCCCAAAUAAACCCUAGAAGUAUUGGAUUCGAAAUUCAAAACCCUAGCUCCGUCGAAAUCCCGCUAGUCUUCUCUCUCGCCUCGGUAUCUUCAUCGACUCUACAUCCUCAGUAUUAGCAAAAACUUAGGCAAAAUGAGUGGAGCUGCAGCAGGAGAGAGAGGCUCAACAACCACUAAAACUCCAGCUGAUUUUCUAAAAUCUAUCCGUGGACGUCCUGUGGUUGUGAAAUUGAACUCGGGUGUUGAUUAUCGAGGCAUUUUAGCGUGUUUAGAUGGAUACAUGAAUAUUGCAAUGGAGCAAACAGAAGAGUAUGUUAAUGGACAACUGAAGAACAAGUAUGGGGAUGCCUUCAUACGAGGAAACAAUGUACUCUACAUCAGCACAUCGAAGAGGACAUUGGCUGAGGGGGCUUAGUGCUUGGCUUACAUUUUGUCAAGAAUUUCAAGCUGGAUUAGACCCCAAUGUUUUCAAAUUCAGUAAUAUAAAUUGUGUUUUGUAGAGUUUGGAGUUAAUGUUGGAUGGAACACUACCCCUUUUGGUAGCUUCUGUAGCUUGCAUGACUGGAUUAAGAUAUUCAAAUGCACGUUUGUA